GGGGAUGGAAAUGGAUAUGAAUCAUAAUAUUUGAUCCUUCCCCCGUUAAUUUGCUCAUCUGUCCAAUCAUUCGUCUUUGAUGGAACUUUAAACUAUUUUCAAAGUCUACAACUCUAAAGCAUGAUUUACAUCAAAAUUGUCUGGGUUUUUUUAUUCACCACUUUUCAGUUCCCGUGAUGAGUUUUUCACGUCAAGGGUAUAGGUGUAUAAGUAUAAUUUAAAAUACCUGUUUUUUCAAAGAUCAACUCAGCCUCACCUCUUGUUUCAGUCCAUGUCAAGCUUCAUUAAAGAGAUCCCAAUGAGAUUCUUUUCAUAUAUGAAGAAACUUGAAAGAUAAUUAGUUUUAAAAUCAGAAAAAAAAUGUUGUCAAAAUCUCAUGAAAUUGUUGUUAUUUGUAUCCUUAUCUCAGGUCAACUAAUCUCACAAGCUGCUUUAACUCAAGGGUUAUCCACAAUCACUAGUGUGGAGGAAAAAUACGAAAUUGAUAAUCCUGGAGAAUUAUCAUGGACUAUUGUUGCGUUUUCUCUGAGUCAAUGCACUUUUGGUAUAAUUACUGGUAAACUUGGUGAUAUGUUUGGUCAUAAAAAAUUAUUUGUGUUUGGUUACUUCAUUUUGUGUUUUUGGUCUUUGAUUACUUGUAUUAGUUAUUUUGCUAGUUCAAGCUUUUUCUUUAUAUCUCGUGGAUUCCAAGGUUUUGGUUCAUCAUUCCUGCUUCCAAAUGGGUUGGCUAUUGUGGGUCGUCAUUAUGAAAAUUGCUUGACUAAGACAAUUAUUUAUGCUUCAUUUGCUGCUGCUAUUCCUAUUGGAUCUGUUCUUGGAUCAGUUAUUGGUGCAUUGUUCACUACAACUGAAGAAUGGUUUUGGAUCUAUUUUAUAAUGUUUUCACUAGGUGGAAUUUUAACAAUUUUAUCGUUUGUGUUUUUACCAACUGAUAAAUUUGAAAAAGAUUCGAGCAAUUCAACUUUUGAUUAUUUAGGUGUUGUUUCUUUUGUUGUUGCAAUUUUUACAUUAAAUAUUUCGUUCAAUCUUGCUGCAAUGGAUGGUUGGCAAAAACCAUAUUGUUACAUCUUACUUAUUGUGGGUGUGUUUUCACUUGCUUCACUGAUGUAUUUGCAAAUGAAGAAUGAACACCCGUUGAUUCCUAAAAGUUUAUUCAACUUUACAGCCCUAAAGAUUCUGAGCUCUCUUGCUUGUGGAUUUAGUGCUUUUGGUAUUUGGAUGUAUUAUGUAUGGGUCUUUAUGGUUCCAUUAAAAGGUAAUGCACCAUUGUUAGCCACAGCUGAGUUUUGCCCACUAUCAAUCACUAGUGUUGCUGCAUUAGUAUUGACCACUUAUUUAUUCUUUAAAGAGAUGAAGUCUAACCUCAUAAUGUUGAUCGGUUUGACUUGUAUGUUGAUUUCAUUGAUUCUGUUGGCUACUGCUGAAGAAGAUACAAGUUAUUGGGGUUAUUUAUUUGUUUCAACUUUAAUUGCACCAUUUGUUGUUGUUU